GAAACGACUCAGGCCGCAGUGCGCGUGUGUGCGGAUGUGCGUUGGGUCUCCGGGUAAAGAUGGCGGAGCGUGGUUACAGCUUUUCGCUGACUACAUUCAGCCCGUCUGGCAAACUCGUCCAGAUCGAAUAUGCUUUGGCUGCGGUAGCUGGAGGAGCCCCUUCAGUGGGAAUUAAAGCUGCAAAUGGUGUGGUCUUGGCAACUGAGAAGAAACAGAAAUCCAUCCUGUAUGAUGAGCGAAGCGUCCACAAGGUGGAGCCGAUCACCAAGCACAUAGGUCUGGUGUACAGCGGCAUGGGCCCGGACUACAGAGUCCUUGUGCACAGAGCACGAAAACUGGCCCAACAGUACUAUCUCGUUUACCAAGAACCCAUUCCCACAGCUCAGCUGGUACAGAGAGUAGCUUCUGUGAUGCAAGAAUACACCCAGUCAGGUGGUGUUCGUCCGUUUGGAGUUUCUCUACUUAUCUGUGGUUGGAAUGAGGGACGACCGUAUUUAUUCCAGUCAGAUCCAUCUGGAGCUUACUUUGCCUGGAAAGCCACAGCAAUGGGAAAGAACUACGUGAAUGGGAAGACAUUCCUGGAGAAAAGAUAUAAUGAAGAUCUGGAACUUGAAGAUGCCAUUCAUACAGCCAUAUUAACCCUGAAGGAAAGCUUUGAAGGGCAAAUGACAGAAGAUAACAUAGAAGUUGGCAUCUGCAAUGAAGCCGGAUUUAGGAGGCUCACUCCCACUGAAGUUAAGGACUACUUGGCUGCCAUCGCAUAAUAAUGAAGUGACUGAAAAACCCGGAAUUUCAGAUAAUCUCAACUUAAACAUGUUUAAAGUAUGUUUUGUUUUGCAGACUUUUUGCAUACUUAUUUCUACAUGGUUGAAUGGACUGAUGUUUUUAAAAUGAGACUUAUAAAUCAUAAUAAACUGUUCAAUUCAA